UCUCAGAGUUUACCUGCACAGCGAAGACUGAAGUAGCACCAACUCGCCAAUACUGUUUUUGUACUCUGAUGAGAGGACCGAUCAGGAUGAACACCUACAUGUUUCUGGCCGUGUUCGCGUCGACCGUGUUGGGCUGUAGUAGCGCCCUGGGCAACAUGACCGUUCAGCAGGGAAUGAACUACCUGGUGAAGUUCGGAUACAUGGACCAUCCGACCACGCUGCCAGUCCAGCUGCAGAGCGAGGAGUCUAUGAGUCAAGCCAUUUCUAUGUUCCAGGAAUUCGCAAACAUUCCAGUGACUGGUAAGCUUGACAAUGAAACCAUGGUAAUGAUGGAGAUGCCCCGGUGUGGUGUACCGGACAUGAUGGGGACCAACUCUAGCGGGCUGGUCCGCCGCCGCCGCCGGUACGUGACUCAAGACAGCAAAUGGCGGAAGCGGCAACUUAAAUGGAAACUUAAUGAUGACUACAAAAACCUUGGUUCGAUGGGAAUGGAAGACGUCGAAGGCGAAAUCGACAGAGCCUUUCGGCUGUGGCAUGAACACAUUCCACUGAAUUUCACAAGAGUGACAACCGGAAAAGCCGAUAUCGACAUCCGCUUCUACUCAGGCGACCAUGGGGACGGCGACCCUUUCGACGGGCCCUUUGGCACACUGGCGCAUGCGUACUUCCCGAUUUACGGAGGCGACGUCCACUUUGACAAGUCGGAAACAUGGACAUUCAGAACUUACAGAGGAACCAACCUGUUUCAAGUAGCAGCUCAUGAGAUCGGCCACUCCUUGGGUCUGAGACACUCCCAAGAACGUAACGCUCUCAUGGCGGCUUUUUACCGAGGCUAUGUGCCCAACCUGAAGCUCCACUCUGACGAUAUUGCAGGGAUCCAGAGUCUGUAUGAUAGACCUAGGCGCCCCACUCCACGUCCACGACCACCGCCCCCUGGCAUCGUCACUCCACGUCCACGGCCCCCGGCUGGCCUCGCCACUCCACGACCCGAUGCUGUCAGCCCCAGCCCCACCCCUGACCGUCCAGACAGCUGCAGCGGGGAGUUGGACGCCAUCACCAUCGCAGAGGACAGCAAGACAUAUGCCUUCAAAGGGAACUACUUCUGGGAGCUGAACCCGGACGGUAUAGUUGAGGGCUAUCCUAAGCUCAUCUCUGAGGUGUGGGGCGAUCUUCCCGGAGACUUAGAUGCAGCUGUGUACAACAGAAGUGACCAGAAGCUCUACUUCUUUAAGGGUGACCAAUACUGGCGUUACACCAACACCCAGCAGGACAUAGGCUACCCCCGCAACAUCAGCCAGUGGGGAGGCGUUCCAAACGACAUCGACGCCGCUUUCAUCUGGUCUGGGAACGGCAGGCUCUACUUUUUCAAAGGUGACCAAUACUACCGAUACAACAGGAAGGGGACGGGUGUAGACAUGGGCUACCCACGUGCCGUGUCCGUGUGGAAAGGAAUUCCUGCUGAUGGCUUGGACGCGGCUAUGCAGUGGCUGAACGGGAAGACAUACUUCUUCAAGGACGGUCUGUAUUGGCGGUUCAACGACAGGACUUUCAGGAUGGACAGGGUGGACCCAAGUUACCCGAGGUCCACCGCGUAUUGGUGGUUCGGGUGUGAAAAUAAUGCCGCGCUCAAACUGCCACCCAGUGAGCUUCAAGACGCCAACAGCGGAAUCAACGUCGUCCCUACCGUAUUCUUACCUUCACUUUCGUCAGUGUUGAUGGCAAAACUCGUGAUCUUUUGA